AUAAAGUUUCUGGCUACAAUACAAGAGACGUAUCAUUACCAUAUGAUCUAAUGUGGGUGUCAGCUGGCUGUGCUCAUUGAGUGAAACCUUCGUUUCUCACUGGGCUAUGGAGUAGAAGCUGGAGGUUCCCAACCUAGUGCCAGAGAGCAGCACCCUCCUCCUUUCCACACCUGCAAACUCUUUUGCUGGGGCUGAAUAUUUAGUGUAAUUACAUCUCAGCUCUGAGGGCUCCCGUGGCAAAUACCCGGAUUAAAAGGCUGUUCCAGGUUCCCAGGCUGUUGCAAAUACAUGAGAUAAUCAUGAAGGCGACUCUCAUCUUACUCCUUCUGGCACAAGCCUCUUGGGCUGGACCGUUUGAACAGCGAGGCUUAUUCGACUUCAUGCUGGAAGAUGAGGCUUCCGGCGCAGCAGAAACUGAAGAUUCUGGUCUUCCUCCUGAUCUACCACACCUGGAGCCCCUGGGACCUGUGUGUCCCUUCCGCUGCCAGUGUCAUCUUCGAGUGGUCCAGUGUUCCGAUCUGGGUUUGGAUAAAGUGCCCAAGGACCUUCCUCCUGACACAACAUUGCUAGACCUGCAAAACAACAAAAUCACUGAGAUCAAAGAUGGGGACUUUAAGAGCCUGAAGAAUCUGCACACCUUGAUUCUUGUCAACAACAAGAUCAGCAAGAUCAGCUCUGGGGCGUUCACACCUCUAGUGAAACUGGAAAGGCUUUAUCUGUCUAAGAACCAACUGAAGGAACUGCCGGACAAAAUGCCUAAAACCCUCCAGGAGCUUCGCGCCCACGAGAACGAGAUCAGCAAAGUGCGGAAAACCGUGUUCAAUGGACUGAACCAGAUGAUUGUCAUAGAACUGGGCACCAACCCACUGAAAAGCUCUGGAAUUGAAAGUGGAGCCUUCCAGGGAAUGAAGAGGCUCUCGUACAUCCGCAUCGCAGACACCAACAUCACUGCUAUUCCUCAAGGUCUCCCUCCUUCUCUCACUGAACUGCACCUGGAUGGAAACAAGAUCACCAAAGUUGAUGCAUCCAGCCUGAAAGGACUGACUAAUUUGGCUAAGUUGGGGCUGAGUUUCAACAGCAUCUCUGCCGUAGACAAUGGCACUCUGGCCAACACUCCUCAUCUGAGGGAACUCCACUUGGACAACAACAAACUCAUCAGAGUGCCUGGUGGGCUGGCGGAGCAUAAGUACAUCCAGGUUGUCUACCUUCACAACAACAACAUCUCCACAGUCGGGUCAAACGACUUCUGCCCACCCGGCUACAACACUAAGAAGGCUUCGUACUCCGGAGUGAGUCUUUUCAGCAACCCUGUCCAGUACUGGGAGAUCCAGCCAUCCACCUUCCGAUGUGUCUAUGUCCGUUCUGCCAUUCAACUCGGAAACUACAAGUAACUCCCAACCAGCCUCAUUUUUAUAAUCUGGCAAAGAAAAAAAAGAAAAACCAGAAAACAGUCUGUCAAUAUCAUUACUAAAAGGAAAAAAAGAAAAGAAAGCUAAAUGCUGGAAACUCAAGCAUAUUGUGGAUGCCUUUUCCACACAAUCUAUUAUGCAUCAAGCCAAAUAUGCAGAUUAAAUAAUUGCCUACAAUAAAAGUAUUUUGCCUGCAAUAUUCAGAAUCAUUUUUAAAAGUUUCUGUAGAUGUGAAAGGAGCUAUCAAAACCUUAUGUAACUACACAGGUCAACCAUUUAGUAAUGCUUUUAAAAGAACCAAAUAUGAAGUCUUUUGUAAUUCAUAGAGCUAAAUUAACUCUUUUGACAUAAAGGCAAAUGCCAAACUCUAUCAAUGUAUUAAUCUACUUUAUUGUUGGUAAAGCCUCAUUUGAAUACGUAAAUUCAAUACAGGCUGUGUAAAAUUUCACUGUCAUUAUAUUGGAAAAAUAAAAUUUAAAAAAUGCA